GGAUGGAGGCAGAAAGCACGCAGCCAUCCUCCUCGAGCAGUUGCCCCUCAAUCCAACAUCUGCAGAGACGAGUCGUAGGUGAGCUGCGUGUUUUUUAGUCGGUGUCACGUCGGCUGUGAGUGGGAGAGCGACGCGCGUGUGAUGGCUGUGUCCUCUUUGGACAGUGCUGGUUGCUUCAGAGCCGAAGAUCAUUCUUCAUCAAGUUAAACGCUCAAUUUUUUUCUCCCUUUCGCUUUUGAAGUAUUAUUUGGCGCUUAAUUUUUUUUUCUGGGACGCAAUGGGAUGCGCAGCUGAAUGACUUUGAGAGUUUAUAUAUUUGAGACUUUGUUGAUCAGUGAAGAUGAAAAUGGACAGCGUGUUUUUUUCUUUUUUCCUAAUAUUUAUUAAAGAGGCUCACGCAUUUAGUUACAAUAUUGCCAACAAUCUCCAACCUUAUAUGCCCAACGUGUGUGCGGAGAGGGAGGUGACUCUGGUCGCCCAGAGGCAGCCCUGUGUGCAAGCCUUCACACGCAUGGUUAAAGUGUGGAAGCAAGGCUGUGUGGGGCAGUCGUGGUGCAUGGGAUACGAGAGGAGGACGGCCUACUACACAGCAUACAGACAAGUGUACAAACAGGAUUAUCAGACUGUGCAGAAAUGCUGCCCUGGGUGGUCUCAGCUAAAUGGAGAGGCAGGUUGUUUGUAUCCUGUGUGCAGCUAUGGAGUGUGCUUCAAUGGGGGCCGGUGUAGGGAAGGAUCCACUCAGCUUUGUGAUUGUCCUGCAGGGUUCAACGGGCCCAGCUGCCAGUAUGAUGUGAAUGAAUGUGAGGAAACCAAUGGAGGCUGUGAGGCUCUCUGCUGUAACACUAUUGGAAGUUUCUACUGCAGGUGUCCGUCUGGACAAAAACUGAAUGAAGAUGGAAAAACAUGCCAAGAUAUUGAUGAAUGCCAGGUCCAUAAUGGAGGCUGCCAGCACAAAUGUAUUAACACCAGGGGUUCGUACUACUGCCAGUGCCACCCGGGCUCUCGCCUUCAUGUGGAUGGGCGUACCUGCCUCUCUGUCCAUACAUGUGCUAUCAGCAAUGGGGGGUGUGAACACUAUUGUCUACAGCAGUCUGCUGCUCAUUUCCGCUGCCGCUGCAAGCCAGAUUACACGCUGGCAGAGGAUGGCAAGCAUUGUAAACUGGAGAAUCCCUGUGCGGAUCAGAAUGGAGGCUGUAUGCAUGAGUGUCAGGUUGACGGUGGCAAGGCUCACUGUGACUGUAAGGCGGGCUACAAGCUGGCUGAAGAUGGGAAAACUUGUGAAGAUAUCGAUGAGUGUGAGACAGAAGAAGCCGACUGUGCUCACGGCUGUCACAACACUCUGGGCUCUUACACGUGUGUUUGCAACGCUGCGUAUGAGCUGGGAUCUGAUGGAAAACACUGUUACAGAAUUGAGAUGGAGAUAGUGAACAGCUGUGAGAACAACAAUGGCGGAUGUUCACAUCACUGCCAGCAUUCAACCAGUGGGCCUGUUUGUACCUGUAACCAUGGUUACAGGCUAGAUGAAGACCUUAAAACUUGUGUUGAUGUUGAUGAGUGUGGAGAGCAGAGCUACUGUUGUGAGCAGGAUUGCACCAACUACCCCGGGGGUUAUGAAUGCUACUGCUCAGCGGGAUACAGACUCAACUCAGAUGGUUGUAGCUGUGAUGAUGUUGAUGAGUGUCUGGCUGCUAAUGGUGGUUGUGAUCACACAUGCCAGAACACCGCCGGCUCCUUCCAGUGUUUCUGCCGCCGGGGUUUACGGCUGCAUGAAGACCGACAAUCCUGCAUCCCAUUAGAAGGAGCCGUCGAGGCUCUGUCCAGUGGAGCUGCCAUCGAGCUGCCUCUGAUUCGCCCUCAGCUCACCUUGCUCCAAGACUACAGCCAACCCCUGGAGCGCUAUGACGACUAUGAAGAUGAUGAGGGGGAGCUGAGGGCUGAGAGCAACCUGGCAGAGAAAUUUGUGUGUUUGGAUGACACCUUCGGCAGCGAUUGUAGCCUGACGUGUGACGACUGCACCAACGGGGGGAAAUGCAACAUUUGGAAAACCAGCUGUGAUUGCCCUGAUGGAUGGACAGGCAUCAUCUGCAACCAGACUUGCCCAGACGGGUAUUUUGGUAAAAACUGCUCCUUUCCCUGUAAGUGUAAAAAUGGUGCCAGCUGUGAUCCCAUCAGCGGAAGCUGCCGCUGUCCUCCUGGUGUGAGUGGAGACUUGUGUCAAGAUGGUUGUCCUAAAGGCUUCUUUGGGAAACAGUGCAACAAGAAGUGUAAUUGUGCCAAUAAUGGCCGCUGCCACCGGACCUAUGGAGCCUGUCUUUGUGAUCCUGGACUUUAUGGCCGCUUCUGUCACCUUCCAUGUCCUAAGUGGACUUUCGGAUCCGGCUGCUCUAAGGAAUGUCAGUGUGACCAGAAAAACACUCAGGAGUGUCACCGUCGCCAUGGCACCUGUAUCUGUAAACCUGGUUACCAGGGUAAUACCUGCAAGGAAGAAUGCAGACCUGGUACUUUUGGCGUCGGCUGUGAGAGGAGGUGUGCCUGUCCACCGGGAGUGUCAUGCAAUCAUGUGACUGGACAGUGCCAAAAAAAGUGCCCUCCUGGUCAUCACGGUGAGGACUGUGAUCAAGAGUGUCCAGUGGGAAGAUUUGGAGAAGGCUGCGUCCAGUCUUGUAACUGCACCGGUGCCCCAUGUGACAAAGUGACGGGACAAUGCCAUUGUCCAGCAGGCACUGUUGGACACCAUUGUGAGAAUGUGUGUCCGGAGGGCUUCUGGGGUCCUGGCUGCAGAGAAAUCUGCCCGGCUUGUGAAAACGGCGGCAUGUGUGAUAAACACAACGGGUCGUGUAACUGUCCUCCAGGAUUCAUAGGAAGACUCUGUCAAAACUCAUGCCCAAAUGGACGUUUCGGUCAAAGAUGCCAGAUGAAAUGUGUUUGUGAGAACAAUGCUCGCUGUGACCCAGUGACUGGGCGGUGUAGCUGCGCUCCAGGCUGGACCGGACACAACUGCAAGAAAGCUUGUGAUGCAGGACACUGGGGAGCUGACUGUGCAGAAACCUGCGACUGCAGAAACGGAGACAGCAGCUGUGAUGCUGUGACCGGCCUGUGCAGCUGUGAGGCUGGUUUCACUGGAAAACACUGCCAUCAGAAGUGCCCGUCAGGUAUGUUUGGUCUUGGUUGCCGCCAUCGAUGUCAGUGUGAAAACAAAGCACUGUGUGACCAUGUGAGUGGAGCUUGUACCUGCCGGGUGGGAUGGACAGGCACCUUCUGUGAAAAACCAUGUCCUCAGGGUUUCUACAGUCUAGACUGCCAAAAGAAGUGUUUGUGUAUGAAUGGUGGGAGCUGCAAUCACAUCAGCGGUGUUUGUUCCUGUCCUGCUGGCUGGAUCGGUCCAUUCUGCAACUUGACAUGCCCAGCCGGUUUCUAUGGGGAAGGAUGUAACCAAACCUGUAGCUGCAGCAAUGGCGGCAUCUGCCACCCGGCCAGCGGGCAGUGUGUGUGCACCCCGGGCUGGACUGGACCCAACUGCAAAGAGGAUUGCCCUGCUGGGUUUUAUGGAGCAGACUGUCAGAAGCGCUGCUUGUGCCAGAACGGAGCUGCCUGUAACAAGACGGAUGGAAAAUGUACGUGUGCUCGGGGUUGGACCGGCACAGCCUGCGAACUGGAGUGUGUAGCGGGUCGAUUCGGGGCGGACUGCCAGCAGCGGUGUGAAUGUGAGAACGGUGGCCAGUGUGACAGACAGAUGGGUCUCUGCAGCUGCAGCGCCGGCUGGACCGGAGAGCGCUGUGAGAAAGCUUGUGAAGCAGGACUGUUUGGUGUGGGCUGCGAGGAGCAAUGUCAGUGUGUGCACGGAGCUUCGUGUCAUCAUGUGACUGGAGAGUGCCAGUGUCUGCCAGGGUGGAGGGGCAAACUCUGUGACAAAGCAUGCUUGCCUGGUACAUAUGGAGAGAGUUGCAUGCAGCGCUGCAGCUGUCCAUCGGGCACAUCCUGCCACCACAUCUCUGGAGAGUGCGGCUGUCCUCCUGGAUUCACUGGCAACGGCUGUGAGCAGACUUGUCUCCCAGGAACAUUUGGAAAUAAUUGUAACCAGGUCUGCCAGUGCUCGGAGACAAACCAGCUCUGCCACCCGGUGUCUGGAUCAUGUUACUGCGCUCCAGGUUUUCAUGGCCCCAAAUGUGACAAAGUGUGUGGGGAGGGUCGUUAUGGUCCAAACUGUGAACGAGAGUGUCAGUGUGAGAAUGGAGGGAAGUGUGUCCCUUCAACAGGAGCCUGUGACUGUCUGUCAGGAUUUAUUGGACCGCGCUGCAACAUCACGUGUCCAGCCGGGCGUUACGGUGUCGACUGCACCCAGAUAGCAAUAUGUGGAGAUGGAGCCCAGAAUGACCCGGUCAGUGGUCAGUGCGUGUGCAUCCCUGGACACAGAGCAGAGGACUGUGGACAAGGUUGCCCUCCAGGCUGGUUUGGGGCAGACUGCACCCGACGCUGUAACUGCAGUAAUGGAGGAGUGUGUGAUUCUCAGACAGGCAACUGCACCUGUGGUCUGGGCUGGACUGGAGCUCACUGUAACACAGAGUGUCCCGCGGGCCGAUUUGGUGCCAACUGUCAGCUGAAAUGUAGCUGUCAUAACAACGGCUCUUGUGACAGAGUGAUGGGGACGUGUCAGUGUGGACCAGGCUACUACGGACAUCUAUGUGAACACGCCUGCCCUCCUGGUCUCUAUGGCCCGCUGUGCCAGCUGCAAUGCGACUGCAUGAACAGUGCCUCCUGUCACCCUGAGUCGGGCCAAUGCAUCUGUCCUCCAGGGUUUCAUGGAGCCCGCUGUCACAAAGUGUGUGAGCAAGGCAGCUUCGGUCAGGGCUGCGCUGAGGUGUGUGACUGCGAAGACGAAGCUGCAUGCGAUCCUGUGACAGGAAGGUGCGUCUGCCCCUCGGGGAAGACUGGACCCAGAUGUGACAUCGACUGCAGAGGGGAUCGCUACGGGCCUGACUGCACGGAGACCUGCUGGUGUGAGAAUGGGGCGCAGUGCGACCGUCGCACCGGCCGCUGUCGCUGCCUGCACAGCUGGAUUGGACUCUCCUGUCAGGAAGGAGGACCUCCAAGUUACACCUCUGAGAACAGCAGAGGGAACUCACAACAUGACAACUCAUUAUAGCAGCUCCACAUAGCUGGAAAACUAAACCUGGGACAUGAUAAGCAAGUUUUCACUGAAGGGACCUAAGUGAGUGAAGGUUUCCGACAGGAAGCUGCAGCAGCUGGAAAAUUUUAUUGAAAGAGACUCACCGAUGAGAAGCUCAGUUGCAAAUUAGUGUCCGAGCUGUGUUCUAUAUAAAUAAACAGAUGUGUGCCAAAGAGGGAACUGAACGGUGAGCUGGUGGCAACCUGUGGAAGAAGAAAUCUUCAGGAGAAGAAUUUCCAUAUUUCCACAUCCAGAGUGCAGAAACAACAGACUGUGGUUGCUUUUACUGCACUUUACCCAUUUCUCUUUCUUUUGCAGGUUCUGUAUAUAUGUAAAGUAACCUGUGAUAGUUUAAUACAAUCAACAGUGUGACUGAAUCGGAUCCAACUUCUGACACUGAUGCGGUUUUGGAAAUGAUUUUACUGUUUUAUUCUUGUUGAGUCUCUACAACAAUCAAGACCUACGAUCCUGCAAUUUUUAGGUGCAACCCUUCCCCAACACACCUGAAUCAAAUGAAUGGCUCGUUACCAGCCAUCUGCAGAGCUGAAUGACAUGUGGAUGAGGGAAUUGAGCCAUUUGAUUCAGGCGUGCUGGAGAAGGGUUGCAUCUGAAAGUUCCAGGAUAGUAGAUCUGCAUGAGGCUGACUGAACUUGGGCGCCCCUGCUCUACAAGAUGAAGUACAACUCUCAGUCUAAUGGUGCUAAGAUCCUUUACUGUACAUAUGAUUAUAGUGAAGCUCAUUUUGUGUAGACUAAAGUCAGCGUUCAUGUGCAGCUUCAGCGCAGGUUAGGUGCCGUAAUGUUCUUUGUUUGAACAGAUUUUCUGUAUAAAUUGCUUCAUAUUUAAAUUUCACCAUUUGGUUGUUUAUUUUUGAUGUUUUUUUCCACUGAAAAACCCACAAAAAGUCACAAAUAAAGACAGACACAACCAGGCUUGGUUUACCAUUCUUCUUUUUUAUCAUUAUUUCAUUUUCAUGAAGGAUCGAAGCUGUACAUCUGUCUAAAUUUCUGAUUCAAGCACAGUGCAGAUAGCAAUGCCUGCAAGAAAAAAAAAACUAAAUAAAAAGAAAAG